GGACCUUUGGUGGUAGGGGCCAAGAGGUGGAACUUAGUCACCAAAGAAAAAGUGGGCGUGGUUACUGUAAUGAACAUCAGAGUCAAGGCAGUAAUCCGAGUAGUCUGACUUGUAUGAACUUAAGGCAUUGGCUGCUUAGUCAUGAUGUCCCUAGGAGAGAAAUAAAUGGGGACUCUACUAUUUACUUCAUCUGUUCAAGUGGAAGAGUCCUGGAUCAAAUGCAUGUCAAUCUAACUUGAAUCGCUAGCAUAGUCACAGCCCCUCAAUCAGUUCCCGGACUUGAGCCACUUUACAGACCAACAUACAACCUCAUGAAUGAAGGGGAGGCUUGAGGAAGGACCCCACUAGCUGCCAAAAAAUUAUACUGUUAUUCUUCCUCCCAUCCUUUCCCAAAGGAAUGUAUGGACUUUUACGGGAGUGACUGUCUAUUGGGGAAAAGGAAGUAAUUAGUCUUUUUUGGAGUUACCAGACGCGGGCCCUGAGCUGACACCAAUUCCAGGAGACCCAAAAUGUCACUGUGGUUCACGAGUCGGAGUGGGAUUUAUGGAGGUCAGAUUAUUAGUGGAGUCUUAGCUCAGGUCUGUCUCACAGUGGGUCCCUGAGCCCAUCCUGUAGUGUUUUCCCCAAUUUCAGAAUACAUAGUUGCAGUAGAUAUACUCAGCAACUGGCAGGACCCCCGCAUUGGAUUCCUAACAUGUGAAGUAAAGGCUUUUAUGGUAGGAAAAGCCAAGUGGAAGCCAUUACAACUGCCCAUACCUAGAAAGUAGUAAACCAAAAGCAGUAGUGCACUCCUGGAGGGAUUGCAGAGAUUACUGCCACCAUCAAGGACUUGAAGGGCGCAUGCAGGGUUAGUGAUUUCCACCACAUCCCCAUUCAGCUCUUGUAUUUGGCCUGUGCAAAAAAUGGAUGGACCUUGGAGAAUGACAGUAGAUUAUCGUAAAAUUAAUCAGGUGAUGAUUUCAGUUGCAGCUGCUGUUCCAGAUGUGGUUUCAUUGCUUGAUCAGAUUGAUACAUCUGGUAGCCAAUAUGCAGCUAGUGAUCUGGCUAAUGCCUUUUUCAAUACCUGUUUUGAAGGAACACCAGGAGCAGUUUGCCUUCAGCUAGCAAGGCCAGCAGUACACCUUCACUGUCCUACCUAAGGGGUAUGUCAACUCUUGAGCCCUAUGUCAUAAUAUAGUCUGCAGGGACCUUGAUUGCUUUUCCCUUCCGUAAGAUGUCAUACUGGUCCAUAACAUUGAUGAUGUUAUGCUGAUUGGAACUAGUAAGGAAGAAGUAUCAGUGACUCUAGACUUACUGGUAAAACAUUUGCAUGCUAGAGGGUGGGAAAUUAAUCAGACAAAAAUUCAGGUGCCCUCCAACUCAGUAAAAUUUCUAGGGUACAGUGGUGUGGGGCAUGUUGAGAUAUUUCUUUUAAAGUGAAGGAUAAGUUAUUGCAUCUAGCCCCUCCUACAACUAAAAAGGCACAACGCCUGGUAAGCCUCUGGAUUUUAGAGGCAGCAUAUCCCUCAUUUGGAUGUGCUACUCUGGCCUUUUUAUCAAGUGAUUUGAAAAGCUGCUCUUUUUGAGUGGGGCUCGGACAAUGAGAAGGCUGUGCAACAGGUUCAGGCUGCUAUUCAAGCCACCCUGCCACUUGGGCCAUGUGAUUCAGCUGAUCCAGUGGUGCUUGAAGUGUUAGUGGCAGAUAGAGAUGCUGUUUGAAGUCUUUGGCAGGCCUCUAUUGGUGAAUCACAGUGCAGAUGCUUAGGAUUUUGGAGCAAAGCCUUGCAGCCCUCUGGAGAUAACGCUGUACUUUUGAGAAACAGCUUUUGGCUUCUUACUCUGCCUUAGUAGAGACUGAAUGCUUAAUGAUGGGAUACCAAGUCACCAUUGGCAUGGGCUGCCCAUGUGACCUAUUGUCAAAGUUGGACAUGCACGGGCAGCAUUCCAUCAUUAAAUGGAAGGUGGUAUAUAUGAGAUUGGGCUCAAGCAGAACCUGAAGGUACAAGUAAGUUACAUGAGAAAGUGGCCUGAAUGCCCAUGGUUUUCACUCCUGUCACAUUACCUUCCAUCUCCCAGUCAGUACCUAUGGCCUCAUGGGGAGUUCCUUAUGAUCAGUUGACUGAGGAAGAGAAAACUUGUGCUUGGUUUAUAGAUGGUUCUGCACGAUAUGCAAGCACCACUGGAAAGUGGACAACAGCAGCACUGCAGCCCCCUCUGGGACCUCUCCGAAGGGCAGUGGUGACGGGAAAUCCUCCCAGUGGGCAGAAUUUCAAGCAGUGCACCUGGUUGUUCACUUUGCCUGGAAGGAGAAAUGGCCACAUGUGUGAUUGGUAUACUGACUCAUGGGCUGUGGCCAGUGAUGUGUCUGGAUGGUCAGGGGCUUGGAAGGAACAUGAUUGAAAAAUACGGGGAAGAGGUGUGUGGAUAGACUUCUCUGAACGGGUCAAAAGGUGAAGAUAUUUGCUCGCCAAAAGGUGACCUUGGCAGAGGAGGAUUUCAACAAUCAUGUUGUCUUCAGCUGGGUUCUCUAGAGGAGCAAAACCAGUAAAGCAUAUAAAUAUACAUAAAGAGAGAUUUAUAUUAAGGAAAUGGCUUAUGCAGUUGUAGAGGCUUGAAUGUCCCAAGUCUGUGGGGUCAGGCUGGAGACUUCUCUUGAUUCAUGUAGCUGUAGGAGAACCCAAUAUUGGCAAGUUAGACAGCAGGGCCCUGGCUCACAGGCUGCAAAGACUGACAAAUCCCAAGAUCAGUGGACAAGACGGCAGGUGAGCUGCUAGCUCAAGUCCAAGGAACUGGAGGUCAGACAAACAGGAGCCAGCUGCAGGAUCCAGAGUGAGCAAAAGCCAGUAAACCUUACCAGAAAGUCCACCUACAUUGGAUGCGGGCAACACCCCCUAAAGAAACUCCUUUUCAACUGAUUGGCUACUCAUAGAGGAUCCCGUCAUUGAAGUAAUCAUCACAUUAUAUCAGAUCUCACCAUGGAGGUGAUCACAUCAUUAUAAACCAAAAAAACCAAACGGGUUGCCAUCGAGUCAAUUCUGACUCAUAGCGACUCUAUAGCAUAGAGUAGAAUUGCCCCGUAGAGUUUCCAAGGAGCACCUGGUAGAUUUGAACUGCUGACCUUUUGGUUAGCAGCUGUAGCUCUUAACCACUACACCAGGGUUUACUCUCAUCAUUAUAGGACUGCCAAACUAUGUAACUGCCAAACCAAUGAUAAUCAUGGUCCAGCUACAUUGACACACAACCUGAACAAUAACACAAGUGUAUAAGAUGAUGUGUUCUGUGGAAACCAGUCACUUUCUUUCCCCAAUUCUCCCUUCAUUGCCCAAUGGGCUCAUGAACAAAGUGGCCAUGGUGGCAGGGAUGCAGCCUAGACAUAGGCUCAGCAACAUGGACAUCCACUCACCAAGGCUUAUUUGGCCACAGCCACUGCUGAGUGACCAAUCGGCUAGCAGCAGAGACCAAUACUGAGUCCUGGAUAUAGCACCAUUCCUAGGGAUGAUCAGCCAGCAACCUGCUGGCAGAUUGAUUAUAUUGGACCACUUCAUCAUGGAAAGGGCAGUGUUUUGUUCUUACUGGGAUGAUCACUUACUCUGGAUAGGGAUUUGCCUUCCCUGCAUGCAAUGUUUCUGACAAAAUUACUAUCCAUGGACUUACGGAACCUCUUAUCUACCGUCAUGGUAUUCCACACAGAAUCGCCUCAGAUCCAUGGAAUCACUUCACAGCAGAUGAAGGGUGGCAGUGGGCCCAUGCUCAUGGAAUUCACUGAUCUUACCAUGUUCCCCAUCGUGAAGCAGUGGGUCUGAUAGAACAAUGAAAUGCCUUCUGAACACACAAUUAUGGUGCUGUCUAGGUGGCAGUGCUUUGCAGGGUUGGGGUAAUGUUCUCCAGGUUGUUGUAUGUGCUUUAAAUCAGUAUCCAACAUAUGGUGCUGUUUCUCCCAUAGCCAGGAUUCAUGGAAUCAAGGGGUGGAAAUGGGAGUGGCACCACUCAUCAUUAUCCCUAGUAACUCAUUCACAAAAUUUUUGCCUUCUUUCCCUGCAACCCUAUGCUAUGUGUGCCUAGGGAUCUUCCAGAGGGAAGAAUGGUCUACCAGGAGACGCAACACUGAAUCCAUUGAACUAGAAGUUAAGAAUGCCACCCAGCCACUUGGACUCUUUAUGCCUCUGGAUCAACAGGCAAAGAAGGGAGUUACCAUAUUGGCUGAUGUGAUUGAUCCUGAUUACCAAGAGGGAAUGGGAUUGGUAGUACAUAAUGAAGAAUAUGGUUUCUAGCUUUAGGGUUUCUGAACUACAAGUGUUACUAGGCUUUGCUGGACGGAAUAAAAGUGGACGCAAGCAUGACCUCCUGAUGAGGGCGCUGCAUUUACUGAAGAGUGGCUGCAGCCCUGCGGUUCAGAUUAAAAUCAGAGAAUUGUAUAGACGCCGAUACCCGCGGACUCUUGAAGGACUUUCUGAUUUAUCCACAAUAAAAUCAUCAGUUUUCAAUUUGGAUGGUAGCUCAUCACCUGUAGAACCGGACUUGGCCGUGGCUGGAAUUCGUUCAUUGCCUUCCACUUCAGUUACACCUCACUCACCAUCCUCUCCUGUUGGUUCUGUGCUGCUUCAAGAUACUAAGCCUACGUUUGAGAUGCAGCAGCCAUCUCCCCCAAUCCCUCCUGUCCAUCCUGACGUGCAAUUAAAAAACCUGCCCUUUUAUGAUGUCCUUGAUGUUCUCAUCAAGCCCACAAGUUUAGUUCAAAGCAGUAUUCAGCGAUUUCAAGAGAAGUUUUUUAUUUUUGCUCUGACACCUCAACAAGUUAGAGAAAUAUGCAUUUCCAGGGAUUUUUUGCCAGGUGGAAGGAGAGAUUAUACGGUCCAAGUUCAGCUGAGACUUUGCCUGGCAGAGACAAGUUGCCCUCAAGAAGAUAACUAUCCCAAUAGCCUGUGUAUAAAAGUAAAUGGGAAGCUGUUUCCUUUGCCUGGCUAUGCACCACCACCUAAAAAUGGGAUUGAACAGAAGCGCCCCGGACGCCCCUUGAAUAUUACAUCUUUAGUUAGGUUAUCUUCAGCUGUGCCAAACCAGAUUUCCAUUUCUUGGGCAUCAGAAAUUGGAAAGAAUUAUUCCAUGUCUGUAUAUCUUGUACGGCAGCUCACAUCAGCCAUGUUAUUACAGAGAUUAAAAAUGAAAGGUAUUCGAAACCCUGACCAUUCCAGAGCGCUGAUUAAAGAAAAACUUACUGCAGAUCCUGAUAGCGAAAUUGCUACAACUAGCCUUCGGGUGUCCCUGAUGUGUCCUUUAGGAAAAAUGAGGCUGACAAUCCCAUGUCGUGCAGUGACUUGUACACAUCUGCAGUGUUUUGAUGCUGCUCUUUAUCUCCAAAUGAAUGAGAAGAAGCCCACCUGGAUUUGUCCUGUGUGUGACAAAAAGGCUACAUAUGAAAGUCUAAUAUUGGAUGGGCUUUUUAUGGAAAUUCUCAAUGACUGUUCAGAUGUGGAUGAAAUCAAAUUUCAAGAAGAUGGUUCCUGGUGUCCAAUGAGACCGAAGAAAGAAGCUAUGAAAGUAUCCAGUCAGUCGUGUACAAAAAUAGAAAGUUCAGGUGUUCUCAGUAAGCCUUGCUCAGUGACUGUAGCCAAUGAGGCGAGCAAGAAGAAAGUGGAUGUUAUUGACUUAACAAUAGAAAGCUCUUCCGAUGAAGAGGAAGACCCUCCUGCUAAAAGGAAAUGCAUCUUUAUGUCAGAAACACAAAGCAGCCCAACCAAAGGGGUUCUCAUGUAUCAGCCAUCUUCUGUAAGGGUGCCCAGUGUGACUUCGGUUGAUCCUGCUGCUAUUCCGCCUUCAUUAACAGACUACUCAGUACCAUUCCACCACACGCCAAUAUCAAGCAUGUCAUCAGAUUUGCCAGGUUUGGAUUUUCUUUCCCUUAUUCCAGUUGAUCCCCAGCAGUACUGUCCUCCUAUGUUUUUGGAUAGUCUCACCUCACCCUUAACAGCAAGCAGUACGUCUGUCACCACCACCAGCCCCCAUGAGAGCAGUACUCAUGUUAGCUCAUCCAGCAGCAGGAGUGAGACAGGGGUCAUAACCAGCAGUGGAAGUAACAUUCCUGACAUCAUCUCAUUGGACUGAGGAGGACUCCUUGGAUUCUAGGAAUCAUUAAUCACAACUGCUCUUUAUUGGAUCUUUGGUCCGUGGAACCUAUUUUUUGAGCAGUUACUUUGAUAUUUAUUGAAAUUUCACAUGGAUUCUUUUGCUUUCUGAGAGAUGAACAAAUGGAUUCUUUUGCUUUCCGAGAGAUGAACACAGAUGACUGCAGCAAGAACCAAACGACAUGCAAGGAUAUUUCUUAUUCAUGGUGUACCCUGAGCAUCAGAUACAUUCAGCCAUAACUGUAUCUUUCUAAGUGAUGGAUUUCAAUUUCAUAUGUUACUGAAUGGAUUCUACAAAUUAGUUAAAAAAUUUUUUUUGGUUGUAGUAAAUGGCAAUAACGUAUGUAAAUAUUCAAGUAAACUUUUUUCUAAUUAAGAAAAAAAGAUGUAAUUAUUCUAGAAUGACAGCAACUUAUGUUUAACCUGAUGUGACCAAACCCUAACUCACUGCCGGCCAUCAAGUUGAUUCUGACUCAUAGUGACCCUAUAGGACAGAGUAGAACUGCCACGCAGGGUUUCCAAGGCUGUAAUCUUUAUACGGAAGCAGACUGCCACGUUUGCCACAUCUUUCUCCUGAAGAGCGACUGAUGAAUUUGAACCACAGACCUUUCGGUUAGCAGCCCAGUGCCUAAACACGGUGCCACCAGGCCUCCUUACCUGAUGUGAAAGAAAAAAAAAUAAUGGAAGGAGUUAUGUUUGCUGAAUGGGCCUUUUCCACAGAGAUUUCAUUGAAGUAAUGAAGCCUUGAUAAGUGGCCAAAGCUUGGGCUGCACUUUUCUUCUGCAGUUUCAGUUUUCUCCCUGAUCCCAUCAAAGAAAAUGGCCUUUGAUAAUGCAUUUUGCCCUGAUUGCCAUUUACACUUUGACAUUGUUAAUGAAUGCAGAAUGAAGUUCUGGGAUUUGGCUGUUCUUUAUUCGUGAUUAUGUUGAAGAACACUCUGCAGAUUCUGCCCUGACCUAAUAUGUGUUGUAUUUGGUAACUGUACAUUCUCAGUCUAGAGUUUUCUGUAAAUUUGAAGGCUUGCUUUCUCAAAAAGGAGAUUCCAUGGACCCAUUGAAUGAAAUGUUUGGCGGGAAAGGUGUGGGUAGAAUGUUAGAAUUUUCGUCACACUCUCCAUAAAUAAUGAGAGCUUACUGGCAUCAAAGAACAGAUUUAGGGGAGGUGGGAAUAACAGUUUAAUUUCUCCUUAAAAACUUAGUUUGUUCACUUAUUUUACUGAAUAAUAUGUAUUUGUUGAAACUUUUUAGGUUUUCAUAACAUUGACAUGGAAAAAUUGUUUGAGAUCACUGAUUGCACUUCUCAACAGUAUACUCUGAAGCUCAAAUAAUUGACCUUCAGACUAAAACAAACAAACAAAAAAGGAAUAGGGUGGCAGCAGAUCUCAUUAUUGGAAAAGGAAAUCUUUACUGAAACCAUGAAAGAUAAAAUAAUUAGAAAUGUUUUAACUGAAGUGAGGAAGGGUCAGAGCACUUGUCUUGCUCUGUGCUGCCAUCAAACACUCCAAGGAGCCCCUGUGGUUCUAGAUGCAUUUUGAAACACACUCUUCUGUACUGCAUUUGCUUUUAAAAAAUCACUGAGGAAGCUGAAUUUUUCCGCUUACAGAAAAAUUUUCAUCUGAAGUUCCGUUUGCUUCAUUUGCCUUCUUAAAGAACUUUUGGGUUCUCAAAGAUUUUAAUAUUUUCCUGAUGUUUAGAUUUCUCUAAGCUGUGCCUACUUCCUUGAAAAAUAACACCCUUUUUUUUUUUCACUUAUCCAACUAACUGAUUUCUCAAACUGAAGUGCCCAGAUGAGGUCUCUUUGUUUUCAGUUAGAACAGGGACACACGACUUCAUGGCCCAUGUAACUCUAGGGAGCUGACUUGUCUCUGCUUGGUCUUUUGCACCUUCUUCAGUUUUCAUGGCCUUUCUGUGCUCCUUUUGAUUUAAUUUCAUGGGUUUUCUACAUCAUCCCUUCUUUGGCUACAUCAUUCCCUUACUUCAUGUAUUAUCUCAUAGGGAGGGCUGCUGAUUAUUAAAGUCAUGGAAAAAAUUGGGAUCUUCCAGCAGCGGUUGCACCAUAGUUGCUAACUAUACCAUCCUAGUCAUCAGAUUUCUAGUCCUUUGGUCUAGAUGUAGAAUUUCUUCUUAGUAAGAUUUUGUGUUGCUGCUCUAAAUACAGAUGCAAUUUCUGUUAACUUUGUAACCAGAAAAAGUAAACUGAUUUGUGUGGUAUAAUUUGUUAAUAAAGAAAUGAUGUAUAUCUGUUAUCAUUUUGCUACCGUUUAGAUGCUCAGAGACCCCCCCCCAUGUAACCAACAUAGUUGUAAAAGGUAAAUGAAAAUCUUAAUAGAAGUUAGUUUACUUGGUUCUUGUAACUGAUUCCCAUGCUUUUGUAGUCGUGCGUUGUUUCCUUUCCACUAUCUUAUGUGAACAGUUUUAGUGUUCAUUUUUGGUGCUUUACACUGAACUGACAUGUACAUUUUUAAUUGAUCUCAUACAGGCAACUAACACUUUAUAUAAAUUUUUAAGUUUAUAAUCUUAAAAUGGGGGUUUAUAUUGUUUACAUAACUUUGAAGGUAAGUACUUUAUACCAUUGGCCUUAUGGCAGUGUCAUGAUUAUCAAGCUAUUAUCUUUUGUUUAGUUUGGUCACUAAAUAUUUUUGCCAAGACCCUGACUUUUUAGCAGUUCGUUUUGCUGAGACAGGUUUCUGCUUAAUGCUGUUUUGGAAGGGGUCAUCUUAGCUGUUAAUUGUAGUCAGCCAACUAGUACUCAUCUGGGGUAUCUUGUUCAAGGAAAGGACUUGGAGUUAUUAGUCUUAAAAUCACUUAACCAGCCUGCAUUUUUAUCUUUCUUCACUUAGAAAUGUUAAGGGCUUUUCCUGCUUUGGUAACUCCUGACUGUAAUUGGUGCUGAAUAUAGCUUCACGCCAAAUGUCUGCUUACGCUCACUUUCUGACCCUUAGGUGAGAGUAUUUUAUUUCCACUUCUGACCAUAGGAUAAUUAUAAAGGCCAGAUAAAGCAGUCGAGGUGAAUUUAGGUUAUAUGGCAUUUAUUUGAUCAUAAUGUAUUUCAGGAAACCCUGGUGGUGUAGUGGUUAAGUGCUACAGCUGCUAAGCAAAAGGUUGGCAGUUCAAAUCCACCAGGUGCUCCUUGGAAGCUCUAUGGGUGCAGUUCUGCUCUGUCCUGUAGGGUUGCUAUGAGUUGGGAUUGACUUGAUGGCAACGGGUUUCAUUUUUGGAAUGUUUUUCAGGAAGGCUAAAAUGAAAACGUGAUAUUGCAUAGAUGAGAGAUACCACGUAUAAUUAAGUUAAUCUGUUAACUCUUGGCAUAAUUUCCUUUAAAUGGAGUCUCAAGGAGUUUGAAGUAAAGUAAGACUCUGGAUUUUAGGUAAAACUGUUGAACAGAGACUAUUCCAACUUUGAUAUUCAGACCUUUUGCCUUGAGACCAAUCCUGGACAUUUGCCAUUUAAUAACCGAGGUGUUUAUUUUUCUUCUGCCAAUAAAGUAUUCAUUAGUUACGCUUUGCCUUUUUAAGUAAAGUUGAUAUUUACAAAGCUCUAGCUUUAUUCUCAGGUUUGCCAGUCAUUUUUUUCUAUCCCCCAGAUACUAGUUAAAAAAACGCUUAACAGUUUAAUUUUUGCUUUUAGUAAACAUUUUCCCUACAGCUUUGAACAUAUAUUUCUAUGGAAUGUCAUUGAAUUAUUGCCCAGCUCUUUCCAUCUUAGAAACUUGGAGCAGUGCACCAUUUAAACUAGGGUAUGACAUUGGAGUGGUGGCCCUGGAUUUGUGUCGUGUGGGAGCAUGGAGUUGUUAUUUAGAUAGGCGAUUGAUGAUUCAACCUGAUUCACCAGCUAUUCUGCUACAGUUCUACAUGAAUAUGGUAAAAAUUGUGAAAAAUAAUUUAAGAAUGUCUCUGGCUUUUAAGAGCCUGACACUUCUGUUAGAUUGGUUUGGAAUUGCCAUUUUUGUUAGGAACCAGACCCCUGUUCCUAGAGAAGAAUAAAGCUGUAUAAAAAUGCCUGUUCUCCUCUAAUACUUACCUGGUUGAAUAAUGUUUUUGUUUAUGUCAGUAAUAUGUGCUCAUUGUGGAGAGUUUAGACAAUAUAGGAAGUGUAAGGAAAAAUAACAAUUACCUGUAGUUCUAUCCAGAAAAAAAAAGUGUCACUUUUAAUAUUUUCGCAUAUUUCUUGCCAGUCUCUUUGCUAUUUGUGCAUGUUUUUAACUAAUGUUUUUCAUAUAUUUUCAGUAUAAUUUUGUAUUUUUUUUUCUCAACCUACAGGCAUUAUAAUUUAAUGUCAUUAAGAACUAUGCCAACCUUUAUUAAUUGCAUGAUAUUCUGUUGUAUGGCUGUGCCAUGAUUCAUAUAACUUUUACUCAUUGGACUUUUUAGAUUGCAUCUCAUAAUCCUGCAGUGAAUUCCUAGAGGUUUAAUUUCUGGGUCAAAGGGUAUGAACAUUUUUGUAGUUUUGGAUUCAUAUCUUUCCUUUUGGUUGGACUAACCAUAUUUUCCAAGAAAGUGCAACAUCUGUUUCAGUGCAAGCCUCUGCACUAAAGCCCUCUGCCCUUCUGCCCUGGGUUAACUGACUUGGAGGUAACUGGCAGAGGUUUUCCCAGGCUACCUCUGUGUCAAAUACAUCUACAUGACAUGUUUCGAAACAUCUACAUGUGAUUAUCCAAAUGAUUUCUCUCAAAGUUUUACUCGUGCUGUGAAGUAGCCGAAUUGCUUUGUCAGACUACAUUUUCCAUUUAUAGUUAAAAAAAUCUUGUCACUUUUUUUUUUUUUUUUUUAACUCUUUGUGCCUAGG